AUGCCCCUGUACGUCGCAUUUUUCGACCUCACCAGGGCCUUUGAAUGUGUAAAUAGAGAAGGACUUUUCAAGGCUUUGCGAAAGAUCGGCUGUCCCCCAAGACUGCACAGCUUAAUCGAGUCCUUCCACAUCAAUAUGGAAGGAACUGUGCAGUUCAACGGCAACCUCUCUGAGCCCUUUGACAUCCGCUGCGUGGUUACACAAGGCUGCGUACUCGCCCCAACCCUCUUUGGAAUCUUCUUCGCACUCCUCCUGAGGCACGCAUUUGGCACCCACAAAAGGGAACCUAACUGCGGACCAGAUCAGACGGCAGGCCGUUAA